GUAAUCGCAUUAUUCGGCACUCCGCUGUGACUGAGCAGUCAGGGAGUUGCAGCGAUGCCUGAGCCGGCCAAGUCCGCCCCCGCGCCCAAGAAGGGCUCCAAGAAGGCGGUGACCAAGACGCAGAAGAAGGGCGACAAGAAGCGCAAGAAGAGCCGCAAGGAGAGCUACUCCAUCUACGUGUACAAGGUGCUGAAGCAGGUGCACCCCGACACGGGCAUCUCGUCCAAGGCCAUGGGCAUCAUGAACUCCUUCGUCAACGACAUCUUCGAGCGCAUCGCGGGCGAGGCGUCGCGCCUGGCGCACUACAACAAGCGCUCCACCAUCACCUCGCGGGAGAUCCAGACGGCCGUGCGCCUGCUGCUGCCCGGCGAGCUGGCCAAGCAUGCCGUGUCCGAGGGCACCAAGGCUGUCACCAAGUACACCAGCUCCAAGUAGGGCGUCUCGGACCGUCACUUUUAACCCAAAGGCUCUUUUAAGAGCCACCAAAUUUUUCAAUAAAAGGGCUGAAUCAGUUCUAUUAGUGGGGAGGUACGUAAAUACUUAACAUCUGCACGUUAAUUAGUAGAUGACGUGGUCCUCUAGCAAGCUUAAAUGAAUGUACUAAAUUUCUUAAUUACCUUGUCUAUGUGCGGUAUAUCAACUUGGUUGUUAAAAACCUGUAAUCCGGUUCGGUCUCAAAAGGGGCUUGAAAGCAGCAACAGCUUUUCCAAUUCAAAGUCCCAUGCUAAAGGUGAAAUUGUGAAAAUUUUCUAAGGGUUAAAUGACUUACCAAAUUUACUGGCAUUUACUUUCAGUGCACUAUAGCAGUAAAAUAAAGGUUUCAUCUCGGUC